AUGACACAAAUCGCAAUUAUCACAGGUGGCACAAGCGGCAUAGGCCUAGAUAUCGCUACGAGACUCGACAACAACAAUUGGAAAGUUCACAUAAUCGGCACAAACAUCCGAAAUGGUGAAUCUGCAGCUUCCAAACUCAACAAUUCAACCUUCCACCAAGCAGAUGUAAGCAACUACAACCAACAAGCGACCGUAUUCGACAAGAUCUUCACUGAAGCUGGCCGUUUGGAUUUUGUCUUCGCGAAUGCCGGCAUCGCAGAGAAACCAGAUUCUUUCUACUCUGCCCACGAUGGGAUUCCGCCUGAGCCGAAACUAGAUACGAUCGGGAUUAAUUUGAAUGGUAUUAUUCAUACAAGUUAUCUUGCGCUGCAUUAUUUUCGACGAUCUCCUUCCAACGGCGCGAGACAUCUUGUCCUCACGGCUAGUAUCGGGGGCUUGUAUCCCUGUGCGAAUGCGCCGAUUUAUUCUGCGACGAAGCAUGCGAUGGUCGGGUUUACACGCUCUGUUGGGAAGAAAUUUUGGGAGGAGGGCGUGAAGGUGAAUGCAAUUUGUCCCGGUGUGGUGGAAACGCCCUUGUUGACGCCUGAGAUUAAAUCGUUCUAUGGAGAUGAACUGGUUAUUCCCAUGCCUGAUGUUACUGAUGUGGUGAUGGAGGUAUUGUCUGGGAAUGAGAUGGUGGACUCGAAGGGAAUGGUCGUUUCUGGUGAGGAUUUGCAUUCUCGGGCAAUUUUGAUUUCUGGAAAGAAUCAUUACUUUGUUGAGAUGCCGGAGAUUUAUGAUGUGAAGAUUCGGAUAACUCAUGAUUCUAUGAUGAUGUGA